UUCGAGGGUGAGGCUGCGUCUCGCGAUUCGGUGAAAUAAUGGAUUAAAUUCGUGUUGCAAAAGCCAUCGUGAUCGGAUAGAAACGUGUUAAAAAGUUGCCCCAAUCCACCGUGCAUGCAGAUGAUUUGGAAGGGCUGAACGAGCGAGAGAAAGAGAAAACAAGCAUAAAAAGGCGAACAGCCGAAACGAGGUAGAAAAAGCAGAAACACCAUGUCAGAACCACAGGUCGAGUCCGUAGAAACGCGGCACCGUUCGCGUUCCAAGACGCCCAUCUUCAACUUGCGCGUCAGCGCAGAACGUGAGCAGAACGGGGCAGAUGCUUCGCCCGGUCGCAAAGUACAUAAAAAACCUACCGUUGGCAUGAUCGAAGAAAAGGACGAACUACAGUCCGGUCAGACUCCGGAGAAAUCGGUCGGUGGACAGACUCGUAGCACUGCGGUACGCAAAACGCGCGUCGUAACGUCCGAUUACUCCUCGGAUGAUAUAUCCCCAGAGCGGGUACGGGCGGCGGCGGCUGCCCUCGUUGCGAAUGCCAACGAGCAGUUGGCCAAAACGAGCGCACAGUUGUCGCAAUCUACCGUUACAACCACCUCGACCACAACAACGUCAGUCGUCAUGCGUGGUGGAACUCAGCAGCAAGAGCAAACACAAAAGAUCACAGCCUCGAAAGUGGUCGUGAAUGACUCCGCUGUUGCUUCAACCUCACCAAAGAAAGAUGUCACUGGACCACAGAUCACUGCGCUUCCGACAACUAGCGUUACCCAGGAGUCUAAGAUGGGUACCGCUAAAAAGGUCACUACAGGCAUUCGCACGAGCACCCCGAAAAAUGCAGCUCCGGUUACCCGCUCCUCCACAAAGGUGGUGCUCACUCCGGAGGAACUGCAGCAGUUCGUUGCCUACAAAGAGUACCGGGAAGCGGGUGAAUAUUGGAACAAGUAUCCAAAAACCGAUUACACUUACUCCGAGCUGUCGCCACACCGCCGUGAACUGGCCCAAGGAAUGGUUGCCAUGCCGAACAUGUCGCGCCCAAGCCUCUUCAAACACGCCGAACGCGUGCAGACGAUGAUCCAGCGUGAUCCGAUGCGCGAGGCGUACAUUCGUGAACGUUACACCGCGGGUAAACUGUUUGGCACCCGCCGGCAGGAUUCGGACUCGUACGAUUCUACCGACGAACUCGACAGCUCUGACUAUCGGCGGCAGUUACGUCUCAACGCAGAAGGUCGAUCGGUCGUCAGUCGGUUCUUCCUUACGAUCGUGACGUUCCUCUACAGUUGCUUCAACUCGUUCCGGACGCUGUUCGUGAAAAGGACGGAUGAGCGCCAACAGUACUAUACGCGCAUCGAGGACGAACGAGGCUUCUUCACUCGCGUGUACGGACACGUUGCGUCGUUCUUCAUCAGCGUGUUCAAGCGCAUCUAUCUGCUGAUCUCUUCCGUACUCUUCCUGGACGCCUGGUUGCUGCAGACGGCAGCCACCGGCACCGAGCAGCAGCAACAGGCGGUCGGUCAACGGAAGCGCCGCUAUUUGCUGUUUCUGCUCGUACUGUUGCCGUUUUUGCUGAUCGGAGCCUACCUCCUGGCGGACGAGGAGCAAACCAUCGUACUUCCGGCAUCGUCGCGCGCCACAAUGGCACUGUCAUCGCUAUCGCGGGUCCUUCCGGACGGUAUUAAGAAAACGGAAGCGACCGUAGAGCAGCUGUACCAUUACGUUAGUAGCGCAACGACCGAUAGUUGGCCGACGCUCAGUUUACCUACCGUCGUCUGGUCAUUUGUGCCAUCCUUUGCCUGCACUGCCAGCAGCAAUCAGCAAACAUCGGCUCUUCGCGACACGUUGCGGAAUACUCUUAGCAAGGAAGAAUACAACGAGCUAAUGCAUCACAUCGAUGCAUACAUUGAUGGGCUGAUGGAGCAGAAGUACGCCUCUAGGAUGGCCAACCAGGAGAAUCAGCCAAAGGAAGAUGCUAUCACGCCGGAAAUAACGGUACACAUGGCGCACAUUAUCGAGCAAAGUUUAAAGUCAUACAACUAUCAGCUCACGGAUAAUGACAUAGAAAAGGUGGCACAGAAAGUGCACCAAACGCUUCUGCUCAGUUACCCGAAGUUGUUUGAACAAGGCUCUAAGAAGGAAUCGGCGGAAAGUAAAGUUACGCUGUCGAAGGAAUACAUUGCGCAGAUACAUCGAUUAGUUGAGCAGCAGAUAAGCGUUACCAACAACCAGUACGUUAUCACUGGGCCACAGUUGGAAGAUCUCCUUACGAGGAUACUUUCGUCCGAGCGACUCCUCGCGCUAAUCGAUCAAAGAAUCGACACGAAGCACGAGGAGGCCACUCGCGUCGAAAGCGAACAGCGCGAUGCGCUUGUCGAUGCGUUGCGCAAGGAAUUGACCGAUAUUAAAGCCCACUUCAACGAGCAACUGUUGAGCAGUAGCUUACAGUGGGAAGAACGGUUACGUCUCGUCUCGCAAAACCAGGCUCAACUCGACGAUCAGCUGCGAGCGUAUCGAUUGGAGAACGAUCGGCUCUACCAAAAGCUGCUGGCCGAUAUCGAUGGCCGGCUAGGAGCGCUGCGUACCGAACGCUUUGAGGGCAUAAAUCGGGUGGUCCGGGAAAACAUUCUCACCAUUCUCGGUCUCAACGUGCAACAGGACAUCCCUGACGGUGAUCUUCGAUCGUGGAUCAACGGCGUGUUCGUGGCACGGGAACACUUGGAGCAACGGUUGGUGGAGUUGCGUGAAACGGUGAAGGUAGAUCGUCAGGCAGAUAUCGAUCAAAAUGCUGCUCGACUAAUGAAGGACAUUGGGGAUGAAAUCCGCUCGGAGAUGUUGGCACGCUUGGAGGAAGUGCGAUCGGAAGCUGUUGACGCAGUCAGAACAAAAACGGAUCAUUCCGAUGAUGUUGGCAGUGGUGGUGUUGGUGGCGGGACAUUGACCGAGGAUGACGUUAAGCGGAUUGUGCGUGAUGCACUCGUCAUCUACGAUGCCGAUAAGACGGGGCGCGUCGAUUACGCACUGGAAACGGCCGGUGGUCAGGUGCUUUCGACGCGCUGCACCGAAAACUACAAGUCUCAUUCGGCCGAGUUUCGCAUCUUUGGCAUACCGAUCUGGUACCCGUCCAAUACACCGCGCACCGUUAUUUCACCCACGAUGGAACCCGGGCAGUGCUGGGCCUUUCAAGGGUUCCCCGGUUAUCUGGUCAUACAAUUAAACACCCGAAUAUUCGUGACGGGCUUCACUCUGGAGCAUAUCUCUAAGCUGCUUGUAGCCAACGGAUCGAUUAGUUCGGCCCCAAAAGCGUUUACCGUUUGGGGUCUACAAAAUCUAAACGACCCCGAGCCCGUGCUCCUGGGCAGCUAUGAAUAUCGGGACGAGCCGGACAGCAGCCUCCAGUACUUCCCGGUGCAGAACAAACAGUGGCAGGAACCGCUGCAGAUCGUCGAGCUUCGUAUCGAGUCAAACCAUGGAAACGUGCAGUACACGUGUCUGUACCGGUUUCGGGUGCACGGCACCAAGACUUAGGACGAGAGAGGACGAAACCGGGAAGGCAAUGAUGUCUUUUUCGCCCAGGGCCCACUAAGUGUCAGUCAUUUGCCAGCAGCUACAACGUAUUUGUUGCGACAGGUCCUACCCGUCUGUACCCGGUUGGGGGGUACAUUUCUUUUUAUGUGAAUUUUAUGUAUUUAUUUGUCAGUUUCAUUCACGUCUUUACGUCUUAAUUUUGUACAUCGAUUGGUUUCGCGUUCGAAUUGCCAACCGAUUGCGGAACCACUCGAACAUCGUCGCCUAGUGUAUUGUAUUGAUGUCCUUUUAAGAUGUAAACUUUUUAAUACUGUUUUGUUGUUCGUUUUUAUUUAACUCUCAAUGCACGCAAUACCAUUGAUUAUGAUUAACAAUUGUUUAUGAUACGAAUGUGUCGUCGAGGCAAGGGCGGUUCGCGUAUGCACCACAGAACCACUCUUGCAGUAUCUUGCAAUACUGUACAAAGAUUAGUUUAGAGUGUCUUCAGUUUGCUUUUGUCUACUCUACGCUUUCAUCACAUUUUACACAUUUAUAAAUCCGCUGUUCUAUGGAAUGUUUCUAUUCUGGUUUGAUUCCGUUUAAGGGUCGGAAGGAUGGUUUGUGUGUCUUUUAACAAUGUUUAAAACCUUGAACCUGUUCUUUCCUUGUCCUGAACGACAAUAGUUUAAGAAAUUCGUACUCGCCCGCCCGCUUAGGUCCGCAACUUGUCCGAUAUUAUUUUUGUAUAAACGGCAAUGCUCUUGAAACUACUUAAGCGAAAGACGUUUUUAAACUAUUUUACGACGUACUGAAAUCGUGUGAUCGUGUGAUGUACCAGAGAUGCCUUAGGAACGAACUAUUUGCAGGACCUUUACUAACAUCAAAACUCGAGUGGUUACUAACCAAUUACUAAUACAGGAAGUUGAACAGUUAAAACAUGUCCUAUACUAGGAGUAACAAUCGCAUGGUUGAAAAAUUGUCUGUCCAGGGUGUGGAUUCAACGCAUCACGGUGAACCAAGUAAAUGAAAACUGGCAGACCAAUAGAUGUUGGUAUAGUUACAACUCACUUCAUUCCUUCGUUCGAAAUUCACCUUAAUUUGGCCAUUAAGAAGUUUUGUAAUAACCCUAAUGUAAAGUUGUAUGUAUUUUUUGAGUUGUUUGUUUGGUAGAACGAAUUUAUACGAUUUUAAUUCUUGUUUUCAAGUACAAACUGGUGUUCAGAGCGUGACACCAAGAAUAGUAUCGAGUAGGUUUUGUUGUCGAAG